AUGGAUUCUGAAGUCGGAACCGAGUUCAACAUCCUUCUCGCCACCGAUUCCUACAAGGCAACUCACUACAAGCAAUAUCCACCAAACACAAGCAAAGUUUAUUCGUACUUUGAAUGCCGCGGGACACAACCUGAAAACUCCACCUUGAGGAAGGUGGGAAAUGAGGAAACUGUGUUUUACGGAUUGCAGUACAUUCUCUGUAAGUAUUUAAAAGGUAAAGUAGUGACCAAAGAAAAAAUCCAGGAAGCCGAAGAGGUCUACAGAGAGCAUUUUCAGGAUGAUGUCUUUAAUAAAAAGGGAUGGAAUUAUAUCCUUGAAAAAUAUGAUGGCCAUCUACCCGUGGAAAUAAAAGCUGUUCCUGAGGGUUCCAUCAUUCCUAGAGGAAAUGUUCUCUUCACUGUGGAAAACACAGAUCCAGAAUGCUACUGGCUAACAAAUUGGAUCGAGACCAUCCUUGUUCAGACUUGGUAUCCAAUCACAGUAGCUACAUACUCCAGGGAACAGAAAAAAAUUUUGGCAAAGGCUUUGAUGGAAACAUCCGGGAACCUAGAUGGCCUGGAGUAUAAAUUACAUGAUUUUGGCUACAGAGGAGUCUCUUCACAAGAAACGGCCGCUAUAGGAGCAUCGGCUCAUUUGGUCAACUUCAAGGGAACUGAUACGAUAACAGGACUUACUUUGAUUAAAAAGUAUUACGGAACCAAAGAUCCGGUAGCUGGAUAUUCUGUUCCAGCUGCAGAACAUAGCACCAUCACAGCGUGGGGCAAAAACGAGGAAAAGGAGGCAUUUAAACAUGCAAUAACACAGUUUUCAUCAGUUCCUGUGUCUGUGGUCAGCGACAGUUAUGACAUUUAUAAUGCAUGUGAGAAAAUCUGGGGUGAAAAUCUAAGACAUUUAAUUGUAUCAAGGAGUAGAGAAGCACCUCUCAUCAUCAGACCCGAUUCUGGAAAUCCUGUUGAGACUGUCUUAAAGGUCUUGGACAUUCUAGGUAAGAAGUUUCCGGUUACUAAAAACUCAAGAGGGUAUAAAUUGUUGCCACCUUAUCUCAGAGUUAUUCAGGGAGAUGGAAUUGAUAUCAACAAUUUACAAGAGAUUGUUGAAAGCAUGAAGAAAGAAAAAUGGAGCAUUGAAAAUAUUUCCUUUGGUUCUGGUGGAGCUUUGUUACAGAAGUUAACUAGAGAUCUUUUGAAUUGCUCCUUCAAAUGCAGUUAUGUGAUUACCAAUGGCCUUAGUCUUAACGUCUUUAAGGAUCCAAUUACUGAUCCAAACAAAAGGUCAAAAAAGGGUAGACUCUCUCUACAUAGGACACCUACUGGAAAUUUUCUUACCCUCGAGGAAGGAAAAGGAGCUCUUGAAGAAUAUGGUCAUGAUCUUCUCCAAACUGUUUUUAGGAAUGGAAAGAUGAUAAAAAACUAUUCCUUUGAUGAAAUAAGGAGAAAUGCCCAAUUGAGUAAUGAACUGGAAAACUUGCCUCCUUAA